AUGACGACUCCAUGCCCGACGGCAAACGUUCAGGUUGUGACCGAGUACCUGAAUGUGGAUGCCAGAGUGAAGGCAUUGAAGGCUGUGCGAGACAAGUUAGCCCUCGAGCUACUCUAUCAUGGAGGCUUGGCUGCUGAGCGCCUUGGCCUUGGAGGCAAGGAGUUCUACGAGGCCUUCCGACGACUCUACGGACAGCUCCCAAUCCAGAGUAUGUCCUCGUCAUCCUUCAAAGACAGCAUAGUGCCUGUGCCCAACCUGGUCGCGAUGACUGAGCUCAACGACAUUGGCCUGGGUCACCUGCUGAACAAGGUAGCUCUCCGCAAGGAGAAAGCCCUAAUUUUGGUGACCGACUUUACCUCGGCUUUGAUCUACAAGGAUCAUGGCCAGAUCAUGAAGGGCGAUAUGUCGCGAGAGGUAGAGAUGGCAGCUCCGAGGCUGGUGACGGAGAUUAGCGCAUCAAACCCCGAAUGCGAGAUAGACAUCGUCUGCUGGUGGCUCGGCAACGAGGUGUGCGGAGACUACGGGUGCCUCCCGCCUUUGGAAGCUAUGGGAACGGCAUGGCGCCCGAGCACCCUCAACAGCAUCGAGUAUGUCACGGCCCGUGUCCGCAACGGAAUCGAGAUCUUGGCUGCCCUCGCGGGCAUGCCUCAGGUCUCUGCCGUGCACAUCCACAGCAACCCGGCAUCCUACAUCUACAACUUGCGCCCGGAGUACAAUGUGGUCAUGAUGCAGGCCCUCAAUGAGGCUGAUGCCAAAGGGCUUACGACUGUCUGCGUA